AUGGCAAAACAACGAGACUGCGCGCACAGAAGGAAAAUAGAAAGAACCAGAAGUGAUAUGGAUAUUGAAGAAAGAAAGAGAAAACAAGAGAUACAGAAGAAUAGACAUGCAGAUACAUGGAGCAAAAAGGCAGAAAUAAGAGACCAAAGGAGAGAACUCCGGGCAGUCAUCCAGAAGAGAGACGAAGAGGCCCAAAAAGUACUAGUAGCCAACAGAAGUGCAAGACUAGCAGCAAGAAAGAAGAAGAAAAUGCUAAGAGAGAAGUACAAGGAAUAG